GUAAUGGGAAGUGGAACUGCAAAAUGUGCCCAUCUUAUCGCUUCUGUCUUCAUUCACCAUGGGAGGGAGGACUUUCCAGCCUCCCCUAGGAAAAUCUCUGCUGCUGGUUACGAAAGUACAAAUUUACUGUUUAUCCAAUUGACAUUAUUUUUAGGUCUGAAAAAGUAGAUAUCUUAAAGUUAAACUAUUCUGCUUGGAAUGAAUAAUAUUUACUUAUAAAUACUUCUUUGAACUAAUGCUGCAUUUUUAUGAGAGACUUUUUUCUUAGAGGAAAACUGCUUCUUUUUCUUUCCCUCAGGAAUGUAAUAAGACAUCUCUGUUGCUCUGUGAGCAAUCAGACAUGCAAAUAGCCCCUCAAGAAUCAAGCUAAUUUUAAAGAGGACUUACUUAGAAACACCGGAGAGUGUAUCAUGAAGUUCAGACUUGAGGGGAAAGAAAAAUGCCAACAUAGCUUGAAUUUACUAAAUAAAAUUAAGAACAUGAGAGAAUUAGCAGAAAUGGUAGAUGUGGUCCUCAUAGCAGAAGGAGAGACAUUUCCUUGCCACAGAUUGGUCCUGGCUGCCUUUAGUCCUUAUUUCAAAGCUAUGUUCACCUGUGGACUAAUUGAAUGUACUCAAAGAGAAGUCGUGCUCUAUGACACCACAGCAGAAAGUGUGUCAGUGAUAUUAAAUUAUAUGUACAGCGCGGCGCUGGAGAUCAAUAAUUCCAACGUACAGACUGUAGCUAUGGCUGCCUACUUUAUGCAGAUGGAAGAAGUCUUUAGUGUGUGUCAAAAAUAUAUGAUGGACCACAUGGACGCCUUCAACUGUGUAGGUAUCUAUUAUUUUGCAAAGCAGAUUGGAGCUGAAGAUUUAUCUGAUCAAGCCAAGAAAUAUUUAUAUCAGCACUUUGCGGAGGUGAGCUUACAUGAAGAAAUACUAGAACUUGAAGUGCACCAAUUUCUGACGCUUAUUAAAUCCGAUGACCUUAACGUUUCCAGAGAGGAGAGCAUUCUGGACUUAGUUCUGAGAUGGGUAAAUCAUAACCAAGAAUUGCGCAAAGAGCAUCUUGUUGAGCUUUUGAAGCAAGUCAGAUUGGAACUUAUAAAUCCUUCUUUUUUAAGACAAGCCCUAAAGAGGAACACGAUGCUCCUAUGCGAUGCAAAUUGCAUUGACAUCAUUCAAAACACAUUCAAAGCCUUCAAGACACCCCAACCACACCCUCUAAAUCUCCGUUACGGCAUGGAGACGACUAGCCUUUUGCUUUGCAUUGGCAACAAUUCUUCGGGAAUCAAGUCAAGACGUAGGAACUAUGGGGAUGCCAGUUUUUGUUAUGAUCCCGCGCAACGGAAGACCUACUUUAUCUCCUCUCCCAAGUAUGGGGAGGGUUUAGGAAGCGUGUGCACUGGUGUUGUCAUGGAAAACAAUGCUGUAAUUGUGGCUGGAGAAGCAAGUGCCUCUAAACUCUCUAGACAAAAGAACAAGAAUGUUGAAAUCUAUAGGUAUCACGAUCGAGGAAACCAGUUUUGGGAGAAGUUAUGCACAGCUGAAUUUCGAGAGCUCUAUGCUCUGGGCACUGUCCACAAUGACCUCUAUGUUAUAGGAGGACAGAUGAAAAUUAAAAACCAGUACCUUAUCACAAACUGUGUUGAUAAGUACUCCGUAGAACGGGACAGUUGGAAAAGGGUGGCUCCCCUUCCACUCCCAUUGGCAUGUCAUGCUGUAGUGACAGUGAACAACAACCUUUAUGUGAUUGGCGGCUGGACCCCUCAGAUGGAUCUUCCUGAUGAAGAACCUGAUCGAUUAAGCAACAAACUGUUGCAGUAUGACCCCAGGCAAGAUCAAUGGACAGAGCGGGCAACCAUGAAGUACUCAAAGUAUCGAUUCAGUACAGCUGUAGUCAACAGUGAGAUUUACGUCUUAGGUGGCAUUGGCUGCGUGGGUCGAGACAAGGGCCAGGUUCGAAAGUGUCUGGAUGUGGUGGAGAUAUAUAACCCUGAUGGGAACUUCUGGAGAGAGGGCCCACCUAUGCCAAGUGCCAUGCUUUCUCUUCGAACCAAUUCCACCAAUGCCGGAGCAGUGGAUGGGAAGCUCUAUGUCUGCGGGGGAUUCCAUGGAGCAGAUCGCCAUGAGAUUAUCUCCAAAGAAAUAUUGGAGUUGGACCCAUGGGAAAACCAGUGGAAUGUUGUAGCUGUCAAUGUCCUCAUGCAUGACAACUAUGAUGUCUGCCUGGUGGCCAGAAUGAAUCCUCGAGACCUCAUCCCCCCACCUUCAGAUUUGGUGGAAGAAGGCAAGGACCACUGAGGUUCUAGCCAUUAAACUAGGCAGGAGGGAUGGGUCCAUGGAUAUGAGCCAGUUAUAAACCUGCUCCUGCCACCAUGAUGGGGGGGGGGGGUGGAGUGCCCAGUUAGACCCAAGGUAGGUUGUCCUCUAGUAGGCUAGAUAGGGCAGGAGCCAUGUCUGUUUCUCUACAGUUGUACCCAAGUGCCCACUGCAGUGCCUGGCACAGAGUAGCAAUUCUCAGUCUGAGGGCUGGGUCUCUGAGCAUUUCCAGGAAUCUGAGGUAAAUGAGUUGAUUCUUCUCCCUGGUGGAAGGUCUUCUAAUCCAUGGAUUAUUUUCUCGCUGAAAAGGCAGAGCAGUUCUUCCCCAAGGGCUGUACUGGCUGGUGGUGUUCAUGGUGGAGGAGCAUCCCCACAGGUCGCUGCUUGCCUAACCUCCUCUUAAUGGGACCCCUGCACCUGCUCCUAUUUAAACAGAAGCUGUCACAUUUCCCUGGAUCAAGGAGGCCUUGCUAGCAUGUCAUGACACAUUUCUAGAUGCAUUGGGUUUCAGAUCUAGGCUUUAGUCCCAACUCUACCUAGCUAGCUGUGUGAUCUGGGGCAAUAUAACCUUUCUAAUGCCGUAUUUUCCUCAUAUACAAAAUGGGAAGAAAAAUGCCUUAUAGGGUUGGUGUGAGGAUUGAGUGAGAAAACGCUGACCAAAGUGUGUGUAAGACACUAAAACGGUAAACAUUUAUUAGCUGCCAUUAUUAUUAUCAUCAUUACUGUUGCACUCAACAUUUCCCAACGCAUAGUGCCCAGAACAACCUGGCGCUUGAGUGCAAUCUCUUGGGGUUCUAGGGAGAGAUGUGGAUGUGGUUUGAGACAAUUCUUAAUUUCCCAGACCCAGCCUUUUGGCUCCUCCAUAUGGCGUGCUAAACAAACAGGGUUUGCUUUAGUGUUUUCUUAAGCUCUGGUGUUUCUUGACUGACUUUCACAUUUGUAAUUCAAAACUAGACCCUUCUGCCCUCCUGUUGUUUCAUAUUGGUAGAGAUUCAUCUUUGAAACAACAUUUUCCUCUCAAUCCUUUUUCAUUUUAACUGAAUGCUGCCCAAUAUCACAUGGAGGGCUCUUGUAAAACUUUGGCUAUUUGCUAGUUCUUCUCUUUAUGAAGCAGGAUUGCUUAACACUGAGCAAUGUAUCCUAAACGGGAAGUGAUUUGGAUGCUGAGGCUGAUAGAAGGUUGCAGCUGUCAAGCACACCCUGGUUCAGUUUGUGUUCAUAAAGAAAGCAUCAUUAUUCUCUCUGAUUGACUUUAUAAUGAGCCAAAUGCUUUGAAUUUGAACUUACAAAACUUUACCAAUAAACGAUCACUUUCAUCUUAUUUUUUCUUAUUGCAAA